AUGAAAGGCGGUCGCGGCGGUACACGCACGCGAGGCGGCGCCGCAAAGCUUGGGUCGCGAGGGGCAGUAAAAGGCAGCGCGAGCGGCAAAGGGAAUGGAUUCGGGGGGAAGAAUAAGGGAGCUGUGGGCGGUAGAAAGGGUGAAAUUAUGCGGCGAGGCGGAGGAGGAAAGGCCUUCCGGGGAGGCGGAGGAAAGGUGAUUGGCGGAGGGAAGACGAUGCGCGGAGGCAGGUUGAAUUUUAGCAUGGUGAAAUGGAAGGACGUUACGCCCGUGGCAGGGACGCACAUGCUCAUGGACCCGCGCAACCCCGCCGCGGGAGGUACGCCAUAUUGCCACCCCCUCCUUGCCGCGGGAGGCUUCAUGGGGCUGGAAGAGAUCGACCCGGCGGAAUUUGAGGGGCUGCCGGCUGGCGGAGCACUGGAGGGCGGAGAGAUGCAGGGCGAAAUUUUGCCCCAUCCCCCUGGCUUCAUGGGGCUGGAAGAGAUUGACCCGGCGGAGUUUGAGGGAUUGGUGACUGGCGGAGAGAUGGAGGGCGGGGUGGAGCUGGCUGGCGGAGAAAUGGAGGGUGGAGAUUUGGAGGGCGGGGAUUUUGGGGGUGGAGAUUUGGAGGGCGGAGAAAAGGAGGGCGGGGGAGAAUUGGGGGAAGAAGGCGCGGGGGAAGAGCCUGGAAAUGAGGAUGUUGAGGCGGACGGGGGAGAGAGUGGAACUGGGGUGGGAGACGCGGGGGUCGGGGACAGGGUUUUAGAGGGGAAGGGGAAGAUGAGCAAGAGCAAGAGGCGGAAGAUGCAGAGGAAGCAGCUGAAAACGGCUUUGAAGCGAGGGGAGCGGGGUGAGAGGCACAAGGGCGCAGGAGAGAAGCAAGCAAAGGGUAAGGAGGAGGGAGAGGAGGGAGACGAGGAGGAGGGGGAGGAGCGAGAGGAGGGGGAGGAGAGGGAGGAGGGAGAGGAGGGAGAAGAGGAGAAAGGGGAGGAGGGAGAGGAAGAUGCGGAGAGUGAUGGGGAGGAGACUGCAGAAGGCAAAGCAUUGAGCAUAGAAAUCGACGGAGCAGCAGAGGGGGUGCAAGGAGAAGGCGAGGAGAGAGAAGAGGACAUAGACAUGGCGGAAUGGGAACACCUCCGUCUGCACCCCCUCAUUCUCCGCGCCCUACACGACCUCGGUUUCACCUUCCCCACGCCCAUCCAGCGCGCUUGCAUCCCCGCUGCUGCGUCCCGGGGGAGGGACGUUGUGGGGGCGGCUGAAACUGGGUCGGGUAAGACCCUCGCGUUUGCCAUUCCGAUCCUGCAGAGGUUGUUGGAUGAAAGGGAGAAGGAGAGAAGGUUGAAGGACGGGGGCGGGCCGUGGGGGGAAGAGGGGGAUGGGGAUGGGGAGGACGGGGGAGGAGAAGGGGAGGCGGGAGGGGGGGAGGGCGCGGGGAGUGAGAGAGUUGGGGAGGAGCAGAGCGGGGAAGGGGAUGGGGGAGGGGAGGGGGAUAAAGAGGCGGAAGGGGAGGGGGCGGGCGGGAAGAUGGGGGGAAAGGUGGUGGGCGGCGGGGUUCGGAAGAGAGUGAGGGGGCCGCUGCGAGCGCUCAUCAUCACGCCCACGCGUGAGCUGGCGCUGCAGAUCGUAUCGCACAUAAAAGACGCGGCCCGCCACACGGGCAUCCACGUGGCCGGCAUUGUGGGCGGCAUGGCGGAGGUGAAGCAGCGGCGCGUGCUGAGCCUCGGGCCGCAGAUUGUGGUCGGCACUCCCGGGCGGCUGUGGGAGCUCAUGAGCCAAGGGGAGGCGCAUCUGGUGCAGCUCGAGUACCUUUCGUUCCUUGUUCUAGAUGAGGCUGACCGCAUGGCUGACCCAGGAAGGUUCAAGGAGCUUUCGUCCAUUUUGGGAAUGCUGCCCCCCACGGCUGCUUCUCUCGCUGCUGCCAAGGCCAAGGAGGCGGCUCUGGCAGCCCGAGAUGCUGCUCGGGCAGCCAAAAAGGCAGCUCGGGCAGCUAAAAUUGCCGAGGAGAGGGAUGCGGCGAGAGGAAAGAAAGGAAAGAGGAAAGCGGGGACGGAAAAGGCUGAAAAGGAAGGGAAUGGAGAGGAAGAGGAGGAGGGAAAGGAGGAGAAAGAGGAGGAGACUAAAGGGGAGGGGGGAGGAGAAGAAGGAGAAGAAGGUAGGGAGGAUGGGGAGGAGGGAGAAGUGGGAGAAGAGGGAGAAGCAGGAGAAGGAGAAGGAGAAGGAGAAGGGGGAGGAGAGGAUUCGUUUGCUCUUCAGCCACCCACCCUCGCGAAAAAGAAGCGGCAAGUCCUAGUCUUCUCCGCAACUCUCGUUCUGCCCGACGACACGCGCGGGCAGCUGCAAGGAAAAAAACGAACGCCAGGAGGACCCGGGGCAGAAGAUAGACGGACCGGGAGGAAGCGAGAGAGGGAGGGAGCGCACGGGGGAGAGGGAGAGGGGGAGGAUGAGGGGGAGAAGGAGAGGGAGAAGGGGUUGGAGAGGGAUAGGGUGGUGGCGGCUCUGAUGGAGUUGACUGGCAUGCGGCCGUCCCCUGCCAUUGUGGAUCUCACCACUGCUGAUGUGGUGGCGAGUGGCGUGCAGGAAGCGGCUUUAGAGUGUGACGACAGCAUGAGGGACGUAUUCCUCCUCUACCUCCUGCGCAUGCACGGCACCUUUGGUCGCACGCUCGUCUUCUGCUCCGCCAUUUCCUCUGUCCGCCGCCUCGCCUCCCUGCUCUCGCUCCUGCAAGUGCCGUCCUUUCCCCUGCACGCACAGCAGCAGCAGCGGCAGCGUCUCAAGGCGUUGGAUCGCUUUCGGCAGCACCCUAGCGGCGUGCUGGUAGCGACUGAUGUGGCAGCCAGAGGGCUGGACGUUCCCGAGGUGCGUCUGGUGGUGCACUACCAGCUACCGCACACAGCAGAGGGCUACGUGCAUCGAUGCGGCCGCACUGCUAGAGGAGCCGCCUCUGAGGGGUGCUCCGUGGCGCUGGUGACGCCCAAGGACUCCAUCAAAUACUCCUCGCUGCUGCGGAAACUCAACAAGGGGUGCUCCGUUGCUCUGGUGACGCCCAAGGACUCCAUCGAAUACUCGUCAUUGCUUCGAAAGCUGAAUAAGGACUCCAUCGAAUACUCCUCGCUGCUGAGGAAGCUGAAUGAGGUGCGUCCACACGUGCUUGUGGAUGGACUAUGUAUUGAGGAGCUGCAUCAGAGGGGUGCUCCGUGGCUCUG